UGUGAGCCCCAUCGCUAGCACCACGCGCAGCGUGUGGAGGAGAGAAACCGGUCGGGAAAGCAACGUCACUCCUCGGACCACCGACUCGACGUAGCGCAGCGGACAGAUAGCGGAGCGGAGUUGUCCGAGGCAGGUACCGUACCGGCUCCAUUUAUGCCGAUAUAUACUCGACAUCUGAAUAACUGGCAGUCAGUUUACAGGAGAACGGAGGGAAAGUAGGUCGUAUUAGAUAAGAACAGGGUGGACGCUAGGGCCUGGCAGACUUUAGGCCCCUAAUUCUCCGCGCACUCUACUGACACAGACUCCCCGGGUAAAGUCUGUCUCUCGCGGUCAGUCCGGCUGCCAGUACUGGUCAGGUGCCGUAACGGACACCGCGCCACUAGUUUGGAGAGGUGCUGAAGCGAUUACAGCAGAAAGAUGGCGGACGACCCCAGCGCGGCGGAUAGGAACGUGGAGAUAUGGAAAAUCAAGAAGCUGAUCAAAAGUUUGGAAGCUGCCCGUGGUAAUGGAACCAGUAUGAUCUCACUGAUCAUUCCUCCCAAGGACCAGAUAUCUAGAGUGGCCAAGAUGUUGGCUGAUGAAUUUGGAACUGCUUCCAACAUCAAAAGUCGAGUCAACAGGCUCUCUGUGCUUGGGGCCAUCACCUCUGUACAGCAAAGACUAAAACUCUACAACAAGGUGCCACCCAAUGGUUUGGUUGUGUACUGUGGCACUAUUGUGACAGAGGAAGGCAAGGAGAAGAAAGUCAAUAUCGACUUUGAGCCUUUUAAGCCAAUCAACACCUCCCUGUACCUCUGCGACAACAAGUUCCACACCGAGGCAUUGACAGCCCUGCUCUCUGACGACAGUAAGUUUGGCUUUAUUGUGAUCGACGGUAGUGGGGCACUCUUUGGUACACUCCAGGGCAACACCAGGGAGGUGCUACACAAGUUCACUGUGGACCUACCCAAGAAGCACGGCAGAGGAGGGCAGUCUGCUCUGCGUUUCGCCCGUCUGAGAAUGGAGAAGAGACACAACUAUGUGAGAAAAGUGGCUGAGACGGCUGUCCAGCUCUUUGUGUCCAACGACAAAGUUAAUGUGGCUGGAAUGGUCUUGGCUGGCUCUGCCGACUUCAAGACAGAGCUAAGCCAGUCUGACAUGUUCGACCCAAGGUUACAGGCCAAGGUUCUGAAGCUGGUGGACAUCUCCUAUGGAGGAGAAAAUGGUUUUAAUCAAGCCAUUGAGCUCUCAGCAGAGGUUCUCUCUAAUGUCAAGUUCAUCCAAGAGAAGAAGCUCAUAGGGCGGUACUUCGAUGAGAUCAGUCAGGAUACGGGGAAGUACUGUUUUGGUGUGGAGGACACACUCAAAGCCCUGGAGAUGGGAGCAGUGGAGAUCCUCAUAGUCUACGAGAACUUAGACACCAUGCGCUACAUUCUUCGUGUGCAUGGGGCAGAGAGCAAUGGAGCAGAGAACGAUGAGAAGACUUUGUACUUAACGCCAGAGCAGGAGAAAGACAAGUCUCACUUCACAGACAAAGAGACGGGGCAGGAACAUGAGCUGAUCGAAAGCAUGCCACUGCUGGAGUGGUUUGCAAACAACUACAAGAAAUUUGGAGCCACGCUGGAGAUAGUCACAGACAAGAGCCAGGAAGGGUCCCAGUUCGUCAAGGGCUUUGGAGGCAUUGGGGGUAUCUUGCGGUACAGGGUGGAUUUCCAGGGCAUGGAGUACCAAGGAGAGGACGAUGAGUUCUUUGAUUUGGAUGACUACUAGGUAGUCGGGGACUGAUAAUGGGAGAAAAAAAGCAAAGGAAUGAAUGAAGAAAUAAGGAAAGAAAAAUGCCACCUCUCUUGCAGCAAGUGAGAGGUGCAACCGUGUUGACCAUAUAUAUGACAGACACACCUUCCAAUUUACCUGUUGCAUACACAAACUUGCACAUACAUUUCAUCUGUACACAAGACAAGUACAUCACACAGGCUGAAGAGGAGUGAGAUUUUCUUUCAUCCAGAGAGGGAGAAAGCCCUUCCUGAAUAAAUCCCUGCCUUAGAGUGCUGGUUCCUUCCCCUAGUUGGAUUGGACUCGACUCAUUUUUGUUCUUUUUGUUUUUUCCUCCUCCCCUCCAUUUUGAAUGAACACAACAGCAAGUUCCCAGAUUCCUCGCUGCCCCUAACCCGGUCUGAAGAUGAACUUUGGACUCGCUCCUCACAUAUAGAAAAAUAUAUUUUCCUUUCUUGCCUCAUCAUGUCCCUACCCUCUCUCUCUUCUCCCCUCAAUGCUUUCUCUCUCUUCUUCUUUUUUUUUUUUUUUUUUUGCAUUUCAUUUUUUUACUGGUAACUGCUGCUGUUGUAUUUUAUGAGAGUGGGGGAUUUUUUUUACCUGGGUUUCUGUAGAGAAAGGGGGACAAAGUAUUAAAUUUGAACUGCUGAAAACCAUU